AUGGAGGUCGCUGGGGUCGACGGCAGUGCAGCGACGGUGAGCAAGAAGCGCCCAAAGGGGGCGCCAGAGGAAAGGUUAUCUCUUUCUCCCUUUAUCCUUGGAGAUUUACUCGAGUGUUUUUGUUUCCCAGACAUUUGUAGACAAGAUAUAUUUGCCCAGAUGCCUAGUCUUGAUGCGCAGAAUAACUCCCAAAGGGCACACAUUUGUCCAAUCAUCUUCAUCUUAGAUCACAUGAUGGUAAAGCUUCUCUGCCAGAAGUUCAGGCUCCAGAGUGUCAGGACCAGACCAAAGGCAGAGUUGAAUAAGCAAUAUAAAAUAGCAAGAAUGGUAAAGCAGGAGUCAGGGCGAUUUCUACAGGCCAACAACAGAGAACUCAACACUCUUUAUGGAUAUCCUAACAAUGCCAUCAAGACAUCGAAAUAUAAUGUCUUUAACUUCCUGCCUCUGAACCUAUUUGAACAGUUCCAGAGACUUGCAAAUGCCUAUUUCCUCAUUUUGCUAUUUCUACAGUUAAUUCCUGAGAUUUCUGCUUUGGCAUGGUAUACAACAGUGAUACCACUAGUGAUGGUGCUGUCUAUAACAGGAGUGAAAGAUGCCAUCGAUGAUCUGAAAAGGCAUCAAAGUGACCACCAAGUUAACAAUCGUUCUGUUCUACUGCUGGUGAAUGGCAGGAUAGAAGAGGAAAAAUGGAAGAAUAUCCAAGUGGGAGAUAUAAUAAAACUAAAAAAUAAUGAGCAAGUUACGGCAGAUUUACUGUUACUCUCUAGCAGUGAACCAUUCAGUCUGACAUAUAUUGAAACAACAGAGCUGGAUGGUGAAACCAACCUGAAAGUGAAGCAGGCCAUCUCAGUUACCAGUGACAUGAAAGAUAACCUGGAGCUACUGUCUGCCUUUGAUGGAGAAGUGAAAUGUGAGCCUCCCAAUAACAAGUUGGAUAAAUUCUCAGGAAUACUAACCUAUAAGGGGGAAAAGUACUUCCUGGACCAAGACAAGCUGCUGCUCCGAGGCUGCGUCAUCAAGAAUACUGAUUGGUGCUGUGGCUUGGUAAUUUAUACUGGGCCAGACACCAAAUUAAUGCAGAAUAGUGGAAAGUCUACCUUUAAAAGGACAUAUAUAGACCAUCUCUUGAAUGUUCUUGUCAUCUGGAUCUUCCUGUUGUUAAGUGCCAUGUGUUGUAUCCUAGCAAUUGGGCAUGGCAUUUGGCAAUACAACAAAGGCUACUACUUCCAGAUUUUUUUACCAUGGGACGAUUAUGUCUCUUCAUCAUUUCUGUCUGCCACACUCAUUUUUUGGUCAUACUUCAUUGUUCUCAACACCAUGGUACCCAUUUCCCUCUAUGUCAGUAUUGAAAUAAUAAGACUAGGCAACAGUUAUUAUAUCAACUGGGACCGGAAGAUGUUUUAUGCACCAAAGAACACCCCAGCACAGGCUCGUACUACCACCCUUAAUGAUGGGCUUGGACAAGUCCAAUAUGUGUUCUCUGACAAAACAGGGACCCUGACUCAGAACAUCAUGAUUUUCAGCAAGUGUUCUAUCAAUGGGAAACGCUACGGUUACUGCCAUGACAGAAAUGGACAGAGUAUGCCAGUCUGUGAGGAAGACAAGGUUGAUUUCUCCUACAAUGAACUGGCAGACCCUAAAUUUUCAUUUUAUGACAAGACUUUGGUGGAAGCAGUAAAAAGUGGAGAUCACUGGGUGCACCUGUUUUUCCUCACCCUUUCAUUAUGUCACACUGUGAUAUCAGAAGAGAAAGUGGAAGGUAUGCUGGUGUACCAGGCUCAGUCACCAGAUGAAGGUGCCUUGGUCACUGCUGCCAGAAACUUUGGCUUUGUGUUCCGUUCCCGCACAUCUGAGACAAUCACCAUAGUCGAAAUGGGAGAAACCAAAGUUUACCAGCUGCUGGCUAUUUUGGACUUCAGCAAUGUGCGCAAGAGGAUGUCUCUGUUAGGGGCCACAGCCAUAGAAGACAAGCUGCAAGAUGAAGUACCUGAGACAAUCAGCACUUUGAACAAAGCCAAAAUUAAAAUAUGGGUUUUGACUGGUGAUAAGCAAGAGACUGCUGUGAACAUUGCCUACUCCUGUAAUAUAUUCAAGGAUGAAAUGGAUGAGGUGUUCAUAGUAGAAGGCAAGAAUAGUGAGACAAUUCAGAAAGAACUCAGGUCAGCAAGGAACAAGAUGAAACCCGAGUCUCUUCUGGAAUCAGAUCCCAUAAACAUUCUCCUCACAAAGGAGCCCAAAACACCCUUCAAAAUACCUGAGGAGAAACCCAAUAGCAACUAUGGCUUGGUCAUCAAUGGCUACAGUCUGGCCUAUGCUCUAGAAGGGGACCUGGAGUUAGAACUACUACGAACAGCAUGCAUGUGCAAAGGGGUGGUCUGCUGCCGGAUGACACCCCUUCAGAAGGCCCAGGUGGUAGAGCUGGUGAAGAAGUACAAGACAGUGGUGACACUGGCCAUCGGAGAUGGGGCCAAUGAUGUCAGCAUGAUCAAAGCUGCCCAUAUUGGGGUUGCCAUCACCAGCCAGGAGGGGCUGCAAGCCAUGCUUAGCAGUGACUUCGCCUUCUCCCAGUUCCACUACCUUCGGCGUCUACUCUUGGUCCAUGGUCGCUGGUCUUAUAAUCGCAUGUGCAAGUUUCUCAACUACUUCUUUUACAAGAACUUUACUUUCACUCUGGUGCACUUCUGGUAUGCCUUCUACAAUGGAUUCUCUGCACAGACAGUUUUUGAUAUCUGGUUUAUCGCCUGCUACAAUCUGAUCUACACCUCCCUCCCUGUCCUGUGCAUGAGUCUACUUGAUCAGGAUGUGAAUGAAACAUGGAGUCUACAUUUUCCAGAGCUGUAUGAGCCAGGCCAGCACAACCUGUAUUUCAACAAGAAGGAAUUUAUGAAGUGUUUAAUGCAUGGGAUCUACAGUUCUUUUGUGCUGUUCUUUAUCCCGAUGGGGACCAUUUACAACACAGAGCGCAAAGAUGGGAAGGACAUCUCUGACUACCAAUCCUUCUCCUUGAUAGUGCAGACUUCCUUGAUCUGUGUGGUCACAAUACAGAUUGCCGUGAAGAUAACCUACUGGACAAUGAUAAUCCACUUCUUCGUCUGGGGUAGCCUGAGUGUCUACUUUUGCAUUUUAUUCUUCCUGUACAGUGAUGGCUUGUGUCUAAUGUUCCCUAGCAUCUUCCAUUUUCUAGGUGUGGCCAGGAACACUUUAUACCAGCCACAAAUGUGGCUCUGCGUUAUCCUCUGUGUGACCUUCUGUAUCAUUCCUGUGAUUGGGUACAAAUUUCUCAGACCACUAUUGUGGCCUCUCAGUGUGGACAAGGUUUAUGGCAAAAUUCGUCAUUUCAUGAAACAUCCACUGCCACCCCCAAUCCGGGUCAGAAUGAAACGCUCAAGCCUUCGACGUUCUGCCUAUGCAUUCUCCCAUAAAUCGGGCUUUGGUGCCCUCAUCACUUCUGGCAAGACAGAGAAGUUCAAUAGAAAUUUUUCUGCAGCUCCUCAUUUUCUCCCCAUUCCGCCCUGGAGACCGGGGGGCGAGCGGGUCCCACGGUUCAUCGGGGCUUCCCGACCCCCGCCACGCAAGGGUGCUUCUAAAAUUACCCAAGCCCGGGUUCCGACCACGCCGCCCCCACGCGCCCACCCCGCGGCGCGUGACUCCGGCCGCCCCCGCCGCCGCGGGAGCGUGGAGCGGGGGAAGGGUGGGCGAGACCGCGGGCGCCGCGGGCGCAACCAACGCGCCGUCCGGAGGGGCGGCUCGCGGACGGCCGAGAGCGGACCAAGCGCGUCGCGCCCGCAGGGGGGGCCGGGCGUCACCAACCGCUCCGGAAAGGAGGGGGGCGCCGGGGCGCGCCGCCGGCCUCGAGACCCCGGGAGGACGCGAAACGCCGCCGCCAACGCCGCCAACGCCGCCGCCCGCGCGGAAGGACGAGGCUGCGGCGAGAGCGAGGCCCUCCGGCAGCCCACGGACCCAGUCCUCGCCCACCUUCCCGCCCUAGGCCCUGCGCCCAUCGGCGCCACCCUCCCGGCCCGCUCCCGACAGACCCUCGGACGAGCUGGCUUGAGCCCCACCGGACGCUCCGACCCCGAGCACCGUCCAGCCCUGCGGGGGCCUCUCCCGAUCCGCCCUCUGUGGUCUCCUCCCACGGUCCUCUCGAGACCGCCACCUCCCUAUGACCGAUCCGCGCCCCGUAGUCAUCCUGGUUCCCAAAUCCGUGACCGUCCUGCAGCGGCGCGGGCUGGGGUUCCCGAGGCGGCGACCGCAGCGGGGCCUCGGCACCGCCGGUGA